AUGUCUCCAACCACCUUGGAGAACGCCUUCUCGAAGGACUCCUCAUCGACCGCCGUCAUCAUCCCCGGCAGUCCUGCCCUGACUGUCUCCUACCAGAAACUCGCGGCAGACGUGAAGGCCUUCCAGCAGCAGUUGGCCAGGGUUGGUGUGGGCGCCGAAGCCGCCGUAUCCAUUGCGCUACCGAACACCUACGAGUUCAUCGUGUCGUUCAUCGCGGCGUCGUGGCAGAGAGCGAUCGCUGCUCCUCUGAAUCCAGCCUACAAACAGGCCGAAUUCGAAUUCUACAUUGACGACCUCAGCUCCGCGAUCGCCUUGGUCCCCAAGGGCGCUUUUGCGCAGGACGCCGCGGCUGUAAGAGCUGCAAGGAAAUACAAUGCAGCUAUUGCAGAAUGCUACUACAAUGGCAGGGAGGUUGUUUUGGAUGUAAAGGAGACUGGGAAAUUAGCUGGUAAAGCUGUGCCGCUCCAGACUGCACAACCAGACGAUGUCGCCCUGGUACUACACACCAGCGGCACCACUGGACGACCCAAGGCUGUGCCACUUACGCAUCGCAACCUCUUGCGUACCAUGAAGAACAUCCAGGGAACCUAUCAGUUGACGCCCAACGAUCGCACCAUGCUGGUUAUGCCUCUCUUCCACGUGCACGGUCUGCUUGCUGGUUUCCUUGCCCCAUUGGCUUCUGGGGGUUCAGUCGUUGUGCCGCACAAGUUCUCGGCUUCAGAGUUUUGGAGAGACUUCAAUGAGCAUAAGGCUAAUUGGUACACGGCGGUACCUACCAUCCAUCAAAUCUUGCUCAAGAAUCCGCCUCCAAAUCCGAAGCCGGAAAUCCGCUUCAUCAGAUCAUGUUCGUCCCCGCUCUCGCCGAAAACGUUCCACGAGCUUGAGAACGCCUUUGGCGCCCCAGUAUUGGAAGCGUACGCUAUGACCGAGGCUUCGCAUCAGAUGACGAGUAAUCCCCUUCCUCCCGGCCAACGUAAGCCCGGGAGCGUCGGUCUUGGUCAAGGCGUCGAGGUGAAGAUCCUCGACGAUGCUGGCAAGGAGGUGCCACAAGGCAAAGAGGCUGAGAUCUGCAUCCGUGGCGAGAACGUUACGAAAGGCUACCUCAAUAACCCCUCUGCCAAUGCGUCUUCUUUUACUAAUGAUGGCUUUUUCCGUACCGGCGAUCAGGGCAAGAAGGACACCGAGGGCUACGUUAUCAUUACCGGCAGGAUCAAGGAGUUGAUCAAUAAAGGGGGAGAGAAGAUCAGCCCGAUUGAGCUCGACAAUGUCAUCGCACAAAACCCCGCUGUAUCCGAGGCCGUGAGCUUCGCGAUCGAGGAUGAGAUGUAUGGCCAGGACGUUGGCCUUGCGGUUGUAGUCAAAGAAGGUCACAAGCUGACUGCGGGGGAGCUGAAGGCUUGGCUGACCGAACGGAUCUCCAAGUUUAAGAUCCCUAAAAAGAUCUUCUUUACUCACAACAUGCCCAAAACCGCCACGGGGAAGAUCCAGAGACGCGUCGUCGCCGAAGCCAUGCUGAAGCAAGAACAGCCCAAAGCCAAGCUUUAG